CUUGAGAGCAGAACUCAAGUGAAAGUGAAAGGUGUAAAAGACACGUUUGCAGUCGUAAUUAUGCCGGGGACGACGGGGUUGGGAUCAGUCGUUCUUUGCUGCUAAUUUAUACCAAGCUCACUGCUACAAUAGCAAAAUUAUUACCGAAACAACCACAAGAAGAAGAAGAAAGCAAUGGAGGGACAGCAAUCAUGGAGGCCAAUAUUAUCGUUCAGGAGCGCGACCAUAAUGAUGUGUUUGCUGAACGUGAUAACAGCUCUUCUAUUGCUUCAGGGCUUUCUCUCCUCUGCUUCUUCUCGCUCCAAAUUGUCCACCUCUCACCUCAAUUCAGCCACACUUAGGUAUGUUCGAGAAUCUGAAGAAAUUCGUCUUGCUAUGAGACCCUUGGAACUGAUAAAAAGAGUGAAGGAAAUCCAACAAGAAGUAUAUGCAAAACCAGAAACAGUUAAAGAGAAAGACACAAAGCAAACCGUUGCAGGUGACCUUUCUAAAAGAUUGAAAGAUCUGCAUUCUGUUAAUGAUGCUACCAGCUUCAAAGCCUUGGAAGAAUGGCGUAAAAGGAAGAUGGAGAGAGCAAGACUACGUGAACUAGAAAAAAAUGGAACACUCGCAUCUCAAGCAUGAGCCAUGCCCUUCACAAAUUAUUGCUCAUAUUAUACCGGAAUUCGGAGACCGAGUUGUCUGCAAAUGUGUAUAUUACAACUUUGAUUAUAUAACAAAAAAGGUUUAUAUAUGACCACACAAAAUCUUAUCAAAAGAAAAAUUGUACUUGGCAAUCAUAGCCAUUCUUGUGCAGAUGCAGUACUCAAAAGCUCCCUGCAUAAUAUACGAAUAUGUAUUAUGUUCCUUGGCCUGUCUCAGUUGGAGUAAUGUUAAAGUUAAUGCUUUGUUUAU